CGGAGCUGAAAAAGCUAACAUCAGAAGAGUCGAUGGAUCAACAACAAACAGUCUCUUAAUUAUUUUAAACCUUUCAUUUUAUAGGCUAGGUAUCACGCGUACGGUGUAUGAUCUUGAUUUGCGGAGAUGCUUGCCAGGAAUUUUGCCAAGUUUUGACAGUUGAGUUGUAUGAAAAUUAAAGGAAUGAAAAUGGUAAAUGACUGCCGUGAAUUAUAAGAGUGUUUAUGUAUGUAAAAAGACAACCUAUUACAAUAUGGAAAAAUUACAAGAAUUUGUAAUGAGAGGUCAGUUUACAGAAGCUGUUCAAAUGUUGACAAUUUUAGACAAGAUAGAUGCUACUAUUGGCCAAAAUCUACUGUACAAUUCUAUUAAAUAUUAUGAGAGUUACAUACAGUCAUGCCAUCAAGAUGAUACAAUAUGUAAAAGAGAUUUUGUUAAAUCGCUAGUGGUAGCUCAGUCAGAGACAAGAUUUCAGUUGUUAAAGUUGAUCCAGUGUUUAUUUAAAAUGGGUGUCAAUCCCAAUUUUGUUGUUGAAAAUGGUACUUUGUUAAUGACUGCUGUUGCAACAAGAGAUGAAAGUCUUUUACAGAUGUUACUUAGUAAUGGUGCUGAUCCCAAUUUAUUUGGAGGACGUAGAGAUAUGAAUGCUUUCUCCUUGUCAAUUAUUAUUAAUGAUGUAUCCAUUGUUGAGUUGUUUUUACAUAAUGGAGCAAAUGUUAACAGUCCUUGUUGUGGAACUAUGACACCAUUGCAGUUAUCAGUAAACAAGUGUGUAGAGAUUUCUAAAAUGUUAUUACAACAUGGAGCUAAUAUUCAACAAGUUUUAAAUGUAUCUGGAAUCAAUCAAGUUCAACUAGCAGACCCCCCUUUAAUACAAGCGGUGCGAAGUGAAAACCCUUUUCUGACAGCUUUACUGUUAGAAUGUGGGGAAGAUAUCAAUCAAGUACAUGGUCAGCGCGAAGACACUGCCUUCCAUAUAGCUAUCAAGCAAGGAAAUAAAGAAAUUGUGGAAAUCCUAAUUAGAAAUGGAGCUAAUUUAGACAAGGAAAAUGCGCGUGGCCAUACACCUUUAGGUCUAGCCCUGUUAGCAGCAGGCUCAAAAUCAAAUGACAUUGUAAAGAUGAUCUUGAAUGCUGGGUGUAGUCGAACCAAAACCACCAGUAUAGCGCUCUUCCAGAAAACCUACCCGCCAUUAUUUGUUGCUUGUUUUUUAGGCAAUCUGAACAUUGUUAAGUUUUUGUUAGAAGAAGACACUGCCAUGAAUAUUCCUUGUGACCUUCAUUGUUAUUGUAAUAAUGGAAAAUAUGAAUACAAGCAUGAAUUUGAAGAACCAGCUAUUUUUUCUAAGUCUAAGAGUCCUCCACUGGCACAAGGUUCUUCAAAUCAUUUAGAUUUGGAUGGCGAUGAUAUUGUUAAUAAAUUUGAACAUUUGACUGUUUGUGAUUCAGUGAAAAAGAAGAAAAUGUGUGCAAAUAAAACAAAAUAUAUGGCUAAUUUAGUUGCUUCUGAUGGUUCCACUCCUUUGAUGUUGGCUACCUUUGGUGGUAAAUUAGAGAUGGUGGAAUAUCUGCUAGAUCAUGGAGCUGAUCAUAAUAUAACUAAUAAACAUGGUAAUUUGGUACAUGCUGCAGUAGUUAGUACUGGAUCUAUUAAAUUUCUAGAUAUUGUGGUUAAUCUUGGUUGUGAUAUUAACAUGGUUAGUAAUGCUGGGAAUACACCCCUCUUAUUAUCAUCUAGAAUUAACAAACCGGAAAUGUGCUUGUAUUUAAUACAGAAAGGAGCUUAUUUAAAUCACAGAGAUAGGUUUGGAGAAACAGCUCUAUCUGCUAGUAUAUAUUUUGGUUGUGAAGACAAUGCCAAACUUCUUAUUCAACAUGGAGCUGAUCUAGAUAUUGCCGAUUCAAGCGGGACGACUGCCUUCUACUGGUCUAUUUUCAACUACAGAGAAUCUAUUAUACGACGUUUAAUUGAUGCAGGGGCUUACUUUACACCAGAACAUUUAGCUAAAUAUCCACGAAAUCUUAAAUUUAUGAAAAACAAACAGCUUAUCGAGUGGAUAAAGGGGAAAAUAUCCAACCCUAAAACUUUGGUGGACAUUUGUGUUCAUUCUGUUAGGAAAGUUUUAUCCAAAUCGAAUGUUGGUCGAAGUAUUUUCCACAAUAUAAAUACUCUGCCAUUACCUUCCACAGUUAAGCAGAGAUUAAAAUUUAUACAAUAAUAAGUUCACUUUAUAUGAUUUAAUGUAAAUGUUGUGCUGUAAUACGUAAUAAAGGGUUUUAU